AUGACAGCCAAGCUAUCCGGCUUUGUGUUUGCGUCAGAUACCUUCAAUCUGGACGCCUGCAUCGAUCAGACACUGAGCUCCGCGUCGCUUCAGGAAGACAUGUUCGGCAGCUCUCCCACUCUGGACCAAUUUCGCAAAUUCUGUCUACUUGCCUUCUACGAAUUCCACCAGUUUCCUGGUCAACAGGCGUGGAUGCGAAUCGGUAAGCUUGUUCGGAUGGCAUACUGGAUGGGACUUGACCGCCUGGAUAUGCUCCCCACUCUAUCCCCAGACUGGAGCACGGUGGACGAGGACCAUCUCGAGCACUGGCGGCUCGUGUGGUGGUGUGUCUACCGCCUUGACUCGUACGUCAACCUCUCAGUAGGGACUCCCUAUCAGAUCGACGAGGGGGUUGUCGGCACGGCUCUCAUGCAAGAUCGCGAGAACGACGGACCUCUUGGAUUCCGGCAUGAAGACGGCGCCAAACCAAGAUUAUCUCUGCCCUAUCGGCCAGAUGGUCUUAUGGACCUCCUCCCAGCCAUUGUAUCUGACUCUCCACAUAAUUCGUCUUUCAAUCUUCACAUCAUUAGCGCAACUGCCGUACGCCAUGUCGGACGAGCGCUGCGGCUGUAUCUCCUAGCUCCCAAAGAAGAGCCCGUUUCGGUCGUCGAGAACGCUGAGCGGCGCCUCUCAGCACUCCGCCUUGGCCUUCCCAAAAACUACUUCAACCCCAGGCGCAACGCAUUCAUGAAUGAAUCGUGCUCCAAUCACCACGCCAGAUUAGUCACGGUAUUGCAACUGCUCAUGGCGCAGCUCCUCGUUACCCUUGUGAGCUGCCAAUGCUUACCAGAAGGUGAGGAUUGGCUGUUGAACUGGCAGCAGGUUCUCGAAGUCUGCCAGGACGUAGCCGCAAUAGCGAAGCAGUGGAAUAGCACAUUUUCCCUGAGCGUGGACCCUGGAAUAUCUUUAAUCAGCUUUGUUGCGCUGAUCUUUCUUGACCUCCACAAGAAGUUUGCCGGAGUUGCCGGAGCUGAUCUUCAAUCCGAGAUUGAGCACUGUGAAACUGUCUUGCUUCUCCAGCUCGAACAAUUUGCGUGUUCCUGGACGAUGCCAGGCCUUCUCAUCCUCUCGUUUAAAAGUUUCAGAGAGUCACUCAAGGCCCCUCUGUUAUACCGUCAUAUUCAGUUUAUUCUCAGUCGAUUCGAAAGUCCCUUACACCCGAGGUGGCUGCAGUUCCUGUCCUCAGCUCAUGUACAGCUUGAGAAUUGCUAG